GUGAAUGCAUUCAAUCAGUCAAUCAAAUCCAUUGCUGUCUGUCAUGCUAUCAGAGCACUAGAAGCAAAACCAUCAAAUCCCUCCCAAAUCCGACUAAUCGUUCCGCCCGCUAAAUCAAAAGCCCUCACCACAAACCACAGUCAUGACCUCUCAGCCGCGGUGGACUUCCUUCAGUCUUGAGCUGACGGUUGACCUCAGGAAGCCCUCGCUGCCCGUCACCUCGCGGACACGACGAGGACGCGCUGGAGCGACGGGCUGGGGCGCCUGGGGUCUGCCGCUGCGGACAGGCGCUCUCCUGUCCGCUCUCGCCUCACAGUGACGCGGUUCGCCCCUCACCCGCCCAGCUGCCAAUGGGCUCCCCCCCACGGCAGCGGCGGGCGACAGCUGCAUGGGCAACAGGGGCUGCUGGUGGGUCAAGGAGAGGCGCUGACUUGAUUGGGGACUGUUGCUGCCGAAUGCCACGGCGGGGCGGGGACCUGAAGGCUGAGUGUGGGUUGGUGGUCUGCCCUCUGAGGCCUCGGGCGGCUCCUCCACCUGCAGACAGACAGAUGUGGACACACAGACAUGGGGGGGAAACAUUACAUACCUCUGAUACAUACCCGUCCCGUUCUUCUCUACCUGUUGUGGUGGUGGUGCCUGUGUUUGCUGCCUCUGCCUCUGCCGUCGUUGGUCUCGCUUUCUGAUGAUGUCUUGGCGGUCGAUGGUGUCGAGCUGUGUCUGGAGGAUCUCGCGGCGGGGCUCGUCGGGCAGAUCCGUCAGCGACUGGAAGUCCACACCGGCGCACGACAGAAGAAACCUCUCCGAUACCUCCGGCGAUCGAGCAAUGGCGCUGAGCAGGUCAGAAUAGAAGGGCAGGGGCUCGUCCAGGUGGGCAUCCUCCUCACCCUCUCCCCCAGCCGGACUCUCCUCGGCAGCUUCCUGACUCUCGGCGGGGCGCUGUGACUGCUCGUCUCCCUGCUGUGGUGCUUCUUGUGGCGGCUGGUCGCGCUGCUCUGACGCCGGUGGCGGCGGCUGAGAUGCAGGCGCUGCUGGUGCUGGUACUGGUGCUGGUCGUGGGUGCGGUGCCGUCACGUCGGGUGGCCCAAAGGUGGAGGCACCGCAGGAGCGUCCUGUUGGGCCUGGGCUUCGCCCGUUGACCUCCCUGUCUGGCCGUCAGCAGUGGGGUUGUGCUGUCGCACCCGGGCCAACGCCUGUUGGACAAAGUUGAGGUCCAGCCGCACGUGCGGGGAAGGGGCUGACUGCACCGAAGGGGCUGCCAACUGCACCAAAGGGGCUGCCGACUGCACCGCCGGGGCGGGCGGGGGAGGGGCUGCCGACUGCAUCGACCGUGUGAGAGAACAUACGAGGCCGUCGAUGGACAUGCUCAUCUCAGGCUGCUCAGCACCAGCACCGGCACCACCAGCAGCAGCAGCUGCCGCUGCAGCGGGAGCUUGGGGUUGCUUCGAUGCGGCAGCAGUGGGCUGCGGCUGAGCACCAGGGUGCUCCUGUUGUUGCUGCUCUUGCGGGAGUUCCGGUGGCUCGCCGACCUCUGCCCGCUCGUUGUCGACUGUCGGCGGAAUGCGACCCAUCAUCUGAAAGACUUGAAACCGCAGCUCCGCCUGUGCACACAGCAAUCAGCCCGACACACACAUACACACACAGAGCAGUGAAUGAAUUCCAACCCCACAAAGCAGCUCACCUUGAUCCUCGGCAGGAUGCCCCGCUGCAUGGCCCGUAUCACGUGCUCCUUCAACACCGCCACCUUCUCCCGACCAGCAGGCCCCCCGUAGUACCUCAGCGCCCUCUCGUGGCGCUCUUCGUCACCCAUCACCCUGCUCUUCAGCCCGUGCUCCCGGGCGAUGGUCGACGAGCGCCUGUCGCAGCCCUCGUCGCGCAGAAAACGCUCGAUGCGCGCCUCCUCCUCAGCUGACCCGUCCGCGCCAUCGUCAUCGCCCUCCUGGCCGCCGCUGUCGUCAUCCUCCCUGUCCAUGCCUGAGGAUGGCCCGGCGGCACCCUCAGGCUGCGUGAGGCUCAGAAUCACGUCCAUGUCCAAAGGCGGCAGACGAGUGUGACGCGGGUGGGGGAAAUCUGAUCCACACACACACACACACACACAAUCGAGAUGGCUGCGUGGCCAUGCGUGUGGCUCGUUGCGUACCAUUGACAUCUCUGGCUCCCAUAGAUCCCACUACAGUGCUCUCCUCAAUGCCCUGCCCGCCCCCAGCCGCAGCCGCUGGAGCGAUCUCGCGCAUGUUGCCCGCGAUGGUGUCGUUAAACGACGCACUCAGCUCCAGCUCCAGGCUAUCGCCCACAUGAUCCGCGCAAGCCAGCUCGCUCAGCCGUAUGUCCCUCUUCGGCAGCGAGUUCGAUGGCGGCACUGGUGAGAGAACGGGCCGGUUGUCGUCCGAGUGCUGCAGUGGGGAGGGCAGCUGCGAAUUGGUCAUGGCCGCUGGCUGGCCCAAAGGUGGAGGCACCGCAGGAGCGUCCUGUUGGGCCUGGGCUUCGCCCGUUGACCUCCCUGUCUGGCCGUCAGCAGUGGGGUUGUGCUGUCGCACCCGGGCCAACGCCUGUUGGACAAAGUUGAGGUCCAGCCGCACGUGCGGGGAAGGGGCUGACUGCACCGAAGGGGCUGCCAACUGCACCAAAGGGGCUGCCGACUGCACCGCCGGGGCGGGCGGGGGAGGGGCUGCCGACUGCAUCGACCGUGUGGGAGAACAUACGAGGCCGUCGAUGGACAUGCUCAUCUCAGGCUGCUCAGCACCAGCACCGGCACCACCAGCAGCAGCAGCUGCCGCUGCAGCGGGAGCUUGGGGUUGCUUCGAUGCGGCAGCAGUGGGCUGCGGCUGAGCACCAGGGUGCUCCUGUUGUUGCUGCUCUUGCGGGAGUUCCGGUGGCUCGCCGACCUCUGCCCGCUCGUUGUCGACUGUCGGCGGAAUGCGACUCAUCAUCUGAAAGACUUGAAACCGCAGCUCCGCCUGUGCACACAGCAAUCAGCCCGACACACACAUACACACACAGAGCAGUGAAUGAAUCCCAACCCCACAAAGCAGCUCACCUUGAUCCUCGGCAGGAUGCCCCGCUGCACCAUCGCCCCUAUCAGAUUCUCCUUUAACAGGGCCACCUUCUCCCGACCAGCGACGGCCGCUUGAGGGUCAGGCUCCUCCAUAUCCCACAUUUCCCAACACAACUCGGUAACCAGGUACUGACACACAUGUCAAAUGGAUUCAUGCAUUGGUGUCAGUCAGAGAGUGAGAGUGAAGUGACUGACUUACAUUCCAUAUUUCGUUGGCAACGGCAUCUUUCAGUGCGGUGGCCUCGAUGUCGCGAUACUCGUACCACACGUCCUUGUCUGACACACGGAAGGAGGAUACACCAACAGAGAGACAGAGACAGCGGAGCCAUGGUGUGUGUGUUGUGGAUUGGAUGGGUGCAUGGUCGAUAUGACUGACUUACAGUCGCUGGUCUGAUCCUCUCUGAACGGCCGCAUCUCCAGGGAAGGCUCCAUGGUGCGGCCAAUGCUGGCGCCAUGUCUGCCCGCCUCAUCUGCAGACACAGCCACACACGCACACCGACACACAGACAGAGAGGGAGAGACAGAGAGAGAAGUGAGGCCCCAAAUGAAAUGCGGUGUGCAGUGCAGUGGCUGGCUAGUCUGCUCACCUUGUCCCAUUGCGGCCGCCCAUAUUCUGGGUUCGUCGUCGCCCGGCUUCAUGCAGGAUAUCAACUACACGAACAUAAAUCGAUAAGAACACCAAACGGCACGGAUGGAUUUACGAGAUGGACGAGUGCUUCCUUGUCUCUCUUCUUUCUUCACUGCCUUGCCUUGCCCCCGACAUACACUCACUCACCUCUUCCUUGAUGUGGUUCCACUGCUUGUAGAAUGGGCGAGCUGGAUGGUUGGUGAUCUGUGUUCGAUACUGAGCGAAUCAGACAAACAAAGGCAGGCACCGAGAUGGAUGGAUGGAUGGACAGACGCCGUCAUUGUCGAAUGUGAUGUGAUUGAUGUCUGCACCUACCUGGUUGAUGAGUGCCUCCGUGAGCGAGAGCACCAGGUUGAUGAAGGGCUUGUCCACCGCCAGGACGGGCAGCACCUGCUCGCUCUUGGUCGGACUCACAUUCGCCUCAGCGGCAGCACGGACCAUCGCCGAACUCUCAACCCCCUCGUCCUCCUCAUCGCCAUACUCGUCAUAGUCGCGCAGCAGACGACGGCCCCCACGACCCCUCUUCUCGUAGGCUGGCGCGUUGAGCUGCUUCCGCGUGAUGUCAUCCCACUCGGGGGAGAGACGGCCGCACCACGCUGGGGGGCAUUCGGACUGGCCUGCGCGCCAUUGCCUGGACUUUCGCUCGGCGAUCUCCUGAAGGCGCCUUCGGGAGCUGACGCAGUGGUUGACGAGGCCCUUCCAGUUGAUGCGGAGACAGGCGGGGAGCGGCGGGGCCGGCGGGGCCGAUGACGACUGAGACAUCACAUAGCGGUGAGAGAAAUCGGUCGUCAAACGAGUGAUCUGAUCAGCCACAGCACAAGACGAGAGACAUUCGAGAGUGAGGCUCAUGUGAGUGUUGCGUGUAUUGGCCGAGCAUCUGACCUCACUUAUUCCGAAGGUCUCCAGCAAGAACUCCAAUACGCCUGUCGCCAUAUUGGCCGUGCAUUGGAUCGGCAAACGAUGCCACUGACAUACACACAGACGACAUCAUAGCCACACAUGGGAAGGCUCACGUGGCCAUGCGGCGAGAUCGAUGCCGUCAGUGGCGUGGUUGCGUACCGUUCCCUGAUGGUUGAGGUGUGCCUCCCGGACGGCAGCCACGACGCAGCGAUUGAUCUCCUGGUCGAUCAGGUCAUACGCCACCAAUGCCAUCGUAGUAUCAACCCAGACAGGAUGACCCUCCUGCCACACACACACACACUCUCAUCCAUCCACUGGACACCGUGGGCGGUGUUCCUGUGUCAUCUCCCACCCUCACUGACCAGGUUGGCGUCUCUGAUUUGUGGGUAGAACAUGUCCAACGCAUCGCUCUGCCUGGUGAGUCGCUCGUUCCCCUGCACCUGGGCCGCUGGCCGCGGUAUGGCCGGUCGCGGUGUGUCCAGCCCCGUGUGCUCGGCCCCCAAGCCGCCACUGUCCUCCCAGUUCUCACCCUCCCAGUCCUCCAUCCACUCAACACGGUCUCGCAGAUUCACGUCAUGGUGGGGGGCGGGCAUGCCUGCAGCACACCAUACACAGACACACACAGAGCAGCGUAUGUAGUUGCAGCACGAGAGUGCCAUGUGUUGGUUGAGGUACCUGGUGGUCUGGUGUCGAUGGAGAGGGCACGUCUCUCGGGUGUGUCCGCCUCAGCCGGCCUCGCUGCGGGGAGAGACGGCGCCUGCAUACAGACAUGUGACGGAAACAGACAGGGAGAAAUUGAUUGACGCAUUUGUGACGUCAGUCAGCAUUCCUCCAUUAAUUCUGACCUCCGAGUCGCCCGCUGUGUCUGUGUGAAGCUCCUCCUGCUCGCGUGGGUCCUCGCCACCCAACCCUUCCUCUAAGAUGCCGUUCAUGAGCAUCUGGCGGCCGGUCUCGCUUAGUGAACCAACGAGCAGUCGGGCAAGGGCCGCCGCGUCUGCUGGUGGCUCGGGAGCCGGCGCCGGCUCAGGCGGUGGGCCUUCAUCAGGACCCACCCCACCCACUCCUCCCGCGCCGAUGGCGUCAGGGAGUCCGUCCUGCGGCUGCUGCGACUGGGGCUGCUCGAGUUGGGAGACGUUGGUGAAGUCACCGUGGUGGAACUCCUGCUGUUGUGCGAGGUUGACAGUGGUGAGGUCGUCCAUCUCGCUGCGGAAAAAGUCGGGGGCUCGCUCGUGGGGGCCACGAGGUCAC